AAAUGGAUUUUUCCAGAACCCCUUUUUAUACGAAAGGAAUUGUUGAUCACCCUCCACCGCCCUCUCUCUUUCUCAUUCCAUCACAACCUUCAUAUGACAAUGGACAAAAAAUCACUCUGAUCUGCUCCCCUCCAAAUAACAUUGAUGCGAAAGGAAUCCGCUAUUACAAGAAUUUUACUGAAAUACAACUUGACAAAAUAGAGGAUUCAAUGACCCAUUACACAAAAAUCCUAUCAAAGGAAAAGGAUGAAGGUGUUUAUAGAUGUGGCUACUGGGUGAUACAUAAGGGAUCAGAGAUUCUAUCAUAUGGCAGUAACGAAGUAAAUAUCAUGAUAACAGAUACCACACCAUCUUGGAUUUAUUACAUAACAGGAGUUGUUGUUUUUGUUGUUAUCUUAUCAUUAUGCCUUCUAUACAAGAGAACUCAGAAAGGUCCACACAGAUUCUCGGAAACACAACUGACAUCCUAUAAUCCAGGACAAGGUAUCUCUAACAAGACAGGGAAGGAUUUUGCUUCAUCACUAUUGGUCCAAAAUCAGCUGAACAAUCCACUGUAUUCUGUAAUUUGCCAAAGUACAACACCAGGAAAUGAGCAACUCUUAUCGCAUGACGCAAACACGUGGAUGAUGUCUGAUUUAAAAAAACAAGUGUCUGGAAGUUUAAAGACAUCUUCAGCCUCAUUGAGUUUGUCCCAAAAUCAUGAAGAAGCUCAUAUCUAUUCUGAAAUUGAAACAGAAACAUGCCAUUUCAAAAACAAUGAUCGACAUCUAACCAUAAACUCAGUGUUCUUCACUUUAUAUGGCAAAUUGCUCUAUUUAUCAUGUUAUGCAGUCCCCUCCUCCAUUGUCUACAGCUUGUAGAAGUAGUCUGAUGAAGCAACCAAAUUGUUGAACAUCUACAUCUCUUAUUUACCGUAACUUUUAAAUUAACAUAAUAUGCUAACUAACCAUUAAUAUACUAAUAUUCUAGUAGUGUAAUUUGUUGCAUCCCAUUUGUGUUUAUGUAUAUAUUUUA